CGCGGCGGCGGGCGCCUGCCGCGCGCAGCCCGCCGAGCCGCCGGCGGGGCGGUGGGGCAGGAGCGCGUCGCACUCGUGUGGCUGCGGCAGGACCUCCGCACGCACGACAGCGCGGCGCUGCUGGCGGCGAGCCGGCGGAGCGACGCCGUGGUGCCAUGUUCGUGUGGUGCCCGGAGGAGGACGGCGCCCACGCCCCGGGGCGCGCGGCGCAGGUUUGGCUGCGCGAGGCACUGCGGUCGCUGGGCGCCGGACUGGCGGCCCUGGGGUCGCCGCUGGUGCUGCGGCGGGCGCGCUGCUACGCCGAGGCGCUGCUGGAGGUGGCCCGCGAAGUGGGCGCGUGCAGCGUGCACUUUGCGCGCCGCUACGAGCCGCUGUGCCGGCAGGCCGACGAGCGGACGGCGGAGCGCCUCCGCGCCGAGGGCGUAGAGGCGCACGGGCACGCCGGCUACUUGCUGUACGAGCCCGCCGCUAUCGACGUGCGCCGCGGCUACACUUCGGGGCACUGGGGCACGCUCAUGCCGUUUUGCAACGCCUGCCGAGCCCUCGGCGAGCCGCGCCGGCCGCUGCCGGCGCCCCAGCGGCUGCGGGCCCCUGCGGCUCGGCCGGGCUCGGAGGCGCUGGAGGCGCUCGGGUUGGAAGCGGGCGUGGCGCCCGGCGGUCAGGACUGGGGGGCGUCGUUGCGCGCCGCUUGGCCAGGCAUCUCCGAGGGCUGUGCGCUGGCCUGCAUGCAGGAGUACGUCCAGCGCCAGGACGGCCUGCAGGCCUACGAGCAGCAGCGCAGCCGGGCUGACCUGGAGGCGAAUCCGAACUCCAAGCUGUCGGCGUUCCUGCGCUGGGGGCAGCUCUCCCCCCACGACCUAUUCUGGGCCGUCAGGGACGCGGGGCUGCCGCGCGAGCAGACGAAGACGUUCGGCCGUCGGCUCUUCUGGAGGGACCUGGCAUACUUCCAGAUGCAUCACUUCCCCGAGAUGCAGAGAAAGGGGAUCCGCGCGCACUACGACGCCACGCAGUGGCGGGACCCAGGCGAUGGCAUGCUGAGGUGCUGGCAGCGCGGACGUACGGGCUACCCGCUAGUGGAUGCAUCUAUGCGCGAGCUGCGGGCGACCGGCUGGGUGCAGCAGAACAUGCGGAUGGUGGCGGCCAGCUUCCUGACCGAGUUCUUGAACAUCUCGUGGGUCGAGGGGGCGAGGUGGUAUGAGGACCAGCUCGUGGACAGCGACGUCGCCAUCAACUCCAUGAUGUGGCAGAACGCUGGGCGCAGCGGCGCCGAUCAGUGGAACUUUCGCACAUCGCCCGUGUCGGCGAAGAGCCAGGACCCGAGCGGCGCCUACGUCCGCCGCUGGCUGCCCGAGCUUGCCCGGCUGCCCACCAGAUUUCUCCACAAGCCUUGGGAGGCGCCGCCCGACGUGCUCGCACACGCGGGCGUGCAGCUGGGAGCGUCCUACCCCGAGCGCUGCAUCGCCGACCUGGCCGCGGCGCGCGAGGAGGCCAAGGAGGCCACGCUGGCGGCGAGGCGCUCCGUCGCCGCCACGUGGAUGAACGACGCCGAGGGGUACGACGUGGUCGCCCUCCCGGACGGCACGGCCACCAAGCUCUUCACCAGGAGAGAGCUCCGCCUGACCAGCGACGGGCGACCGCUGACGCCAGCAGCGCGUCCGCCGCCGCAGCCGGGCAGGGCCGGGCGGGCGAGCGGCAGCGGGCGAGCCCGCAGCGGUGGCGGGCGGCACCCGAAGCAGCGGCGGCGGCGGCCAGAGGAGUAGGAGUCGAACAGGGGAUCGACUACAGACCCGAUUUGCCCCACGCGGCGCUGGGCCCGCUUCCGUGGCAGCGCCCGCGGCGCUUCGCGGCCUCGGCCUCGGCGGUGCGGGGGGCGGCCAGCGGCACGUGUCGCGCGUGCCGCCCGCCGCUUGCGGGCCCCUCGUGGCACGCGUGUGUACCUAUCCUGGUGAAAAACCUCCCGUCGUGAUUGUUUCUUGCCUCGGGGGGGUUCUGCAGGCCAGGUGCCUGGGCAGCGCUCCGCUGCGCCUCGCGAGGUGGAAGCCUCGGCGGUGCGGGCGGGCGGCCUGCGGCCCGUGCCGCGUGGGUCGCCCGCCGCCUCGAACGGCUCCUCGUGGCGCGCGUGUGCCGCCCGCCGCUUCGAACGGCUCGCCGCUGCAUGGGUGGAUCGACCUGCGCCGCGAUCCGCCUCUGCUUUACGCAUGAUUCGCCCAGGCGUGCCUCGAAGGGCAGAGUGGCUUCCACUCCGUGCGUCCGCCGGGAUCUGCUCGUGGGCGAUGCCCCCUCGCAUGUACAGCGCCUGCGCGCAUUCCUCGGGCUGUGGAUCGUGGCUUGGCUCCCCUCGCGCCGCCCGGCAAUUUUCAGGGGCGCUUCUUGAACGAAAGUGGCUGCUCGAUGUGCCUCUCGGGGUCGUGGGCGCACAUAACGCACACAGACACAUACUCGCAGGAGCACACAGGAGCUGUCGCAGUCACAAUCAUAAUUCAGCUUAGCGUAGCCUAACGCAGCGCAGCGUGGCUUAUUCAGGGGAUGAUGGGG